CCACUCACCAAGGUCCACAAAAGCCACCGAGAUUAUUCGCAACACAUUUCUUCGCUGCCCGAAAGCCUAGUUCAGACAGGCUUCGGCUGCGCGUCCGCGGGAUCUUUAGAGAGGCCAGCGAGUUCGCCAUGUUGACGCCCACUUGAAUCCGCACAAGCCGCACACAAUCCCUUCGCGCCGCCUAAUCAUCCCACAAAAUGUCGACUCGACCUUCUGACGCGCCUCGAGCCAGCAAAUCCGGCAUACAGACCACUGCCGAUGGUGCUUCGUACAUUCCGGCUUCGAAACGUGCGGAUGGCUCUACCAGAAAAGAAAUCAGAGUGAGGCCUGGCUAUAGGCCGCCAGAAGACGUCGAGACCUACAAAAAUAGGAGCGCCGAGGCAUGGAAGAACAGAGGUCAAGGUGGCGUGCCCGGAGCAGAGUCGUUGGGCGCAGGCAAAGAUGAGGCUCCCACAAUGAGCAAGAAUGCAAAACGCAGGGAAGCCGCACGGAAGAGGGCAACCGCAGAAGGGUCAGCAGAAGGUGCAGGAGAUGAACUCGCAUCAGCGAUGCAAAAGACCGACAUCUCGGCGCGAGACAAGCGCAAGGAGAACUGGCACGAUCCCUCGAAGCUGGCGACAAACGAGGUAAUGGCCACCGAUGCCGAGAUGGAACAACAGAAGAAGAUUCGCAACCAACUUAAGAAGUUACGUGCAGUCCGUGAUCUGAGAGAAAAGCGGGCGGCCGGCGAGAAGUUGUCGCACGACCAGAUCAUGAAGAUCGGAAAGGAGGGCGAAUUACUGCGGGAUCUGAAGAAGUUGGGCUACGAUGGUCCGGAGUUGGAGGCAGACGCUUCCGAGCCUGGAAAUGUACUGGUUUCAUCGACAAACUUGGUCGGCUGACGGGAUGAUACCAUUGUUGUUCCAUCAUCUGUCAUCUGUCAUCUGUCGACAGGUCUCUGACGUGCAGCCGCACCAGAAGUCCAAGAGACAAGGAAGGACUCAACCACUCAUUCCACCUGUCUACGAACUUAUGCUCACCAAGCCUAUUGGCCGAGAGUCUCCGCCGCAACCAUGACCACUGCGUGGAAGGAGAUGAGCUGGAGAUUAACAAAGGACGAUUGUAACUAGCAGACUUAUCGGCCUGAGUUUGCAGCGCUGUCUGCAGCACCAAAUGAAGCAUCCAUAGUCGGCGGCGGCAUCGUCUAUGGUAGCCUCAGUGAUGCAGUAUCGAGGUCUUGAUGUCGGCCUGUGGAGGAACCGCUUCUGAACGACGUCUGCCAAACCGCUGCUCGCGUGUGCAUGCAUGGCGUGCGGGCGAAAGCGGAGAUGCGUGAUGGUUUUAUGGCAAGUGAACCGAGUCGCCCAGCAUCAUCACGCCAAACUUUUGGUAGAAUCAGUUGC